AAUCCAACGGCCAUCGAUAACGAUCAGAGCUCAGAGCAGCGUCAAUGGCGAUCAAGUACUACGCCACCACGGCGAAGAAUCGGUCGGUCGACAUGACGGUGGAGGAGUUUAAGGAGUGGCUGAGGCUGUUCGACGUCGACAACGACGGCCGCAUCAGCCGGGAGGAGCUCCGGCGGGCCAUCAGCAGCAUCAACGUCCGCUUCAGCGGCUGGAAGAGCGGCCGAGGCAUCCGGUACGCCGACGGUGAUGGUGACGGCUACAUCGACGCCGACGAGGUCGACAAGCUGGCGGAGUUCGCUCGGACGUCGUUGGGUAUCAGAAUCGUUUCCUAAUACUAAUUAAUUAACUAGUUAUCAAAUAAAUAAAUAAAUAAAUAAAAUUAACGGAUCAUAUAAUUUAUAUGAUCACUAAGCAUAAAUAAAUUUAUGUGCGUGUGAUAAAUAUGAUGGUAAAAAGGUGAAUACGUUCGUUCACAGUAUCCCGUCAAUUUAUCCCAAGGUUAAGAGAAGGUAAAUCAUGGAUGACUACUAGUCUUUGGAAUAGUAACUAGCACAUAAAAAAGAUAUUUAUCUCGAUUUUACUGAGAUUUGGAUACUUGAUCUUAUGAUGACAACACUUCAUAUGUUAUUAGAUCGUCUCGAGGAAAUAUGUGUGUGAUAAAUAUGUGUCUAUAAAGUGACCACUGCAGCUUAUAAUUAACUUAUUUGAAUUAAUAUAAAAUAUGGUUAAGAAAAUCCCUUGCUAGUUAUUACUUGUAGUUUGUAUUUUUCUACUUGUUUUAAAGGCGAAAAAAAACGAAUGGAAUUAUCCGUUUUGAGUAUAA